AUGGCCGCUGCUGCGUCUUCCAGCAAACAUGUUCUGGUCGUCGGAGGUGCUGGCUUCCUCGGAUCUGCCAUCACCAAGCGUCUGCUCGCUCAAGGUCAUACUGUAACAUCAAUGUCACCCUCAGGGCGGGCCUUCCUCACUCCAUCAGGACACAGACCAGCCUGGUCAUCCUCUCCCUCGGUCAGGUGGGAGAAGGCUGAUGCCUUCCAGCCCGAAACCUACAAGGGCUUCCUCACUGGCGAGACUCGGGCUUCCACCAGCAGUGAGAAGUUGCCGCCCGUUUCGGCUGUUGUCAGUACCAUUGGAGUGCUACUAGAGGGCGAUUACAAGGGCAAAGACUCGAGCAUGAGUGGGACCUUCAGAGCUCUGGCGAGGGGUUGGGGGUUGGACAAGGGAAACCCCUUGGAUGAGGCCAAGGAGGGGUUGUAUGAGAAGAUGAAUCGGGACGCUGCCUUGAGCGUCGCACGGACAUGGUCAUCCAUUCUUUCCUCUACUCCUUCAGAAUCACCAACAGGACCUCCUUCCUUCAUCUUCAUCUCCGCCGAGGACAUCUUCCGGCCCAUAAUAGACCCACGGUACAUCAGCACAAAGCGAGAAGCAGAAAGGGGCCUGGAGGAGAUGAGCUGGCAUGCUGCUGCUGCUUCCAGCCCCGUUCGCCCAACCCCCUCGGACGCUGCCGAUGUCGAGACGCCUGAUGCAGAUGGGGCUGGACUGACGGAAGAGAUCAAUGAAGGAGCACAACGACGAAGGGGGCGCUACAGUGCCGCACAAGGGGCCGACGCAACACGGAUCUUUCGGCCGGUGUUUGUGCGACCUGGUGUGAUGUACCACCCUCACACACGGCCCAUCUCGACUAUUCCGGCUGCCCUCUUGGAUCUCUCAUCCGCCAUACACUCCUAUUUCCCCUCAAAGGCUCCCACACCUGCCAAUGUCCUUAACAGCGUGCUUGGACAGAGUCCGCUAGCAAGGCUGCUCACCCUGAGCCCGUUGCAUAUCGAUACGGUGGCCAAGGCCGUGGGAGCAGCAGUGGACGACGAAGGUGUUUGGGGAGUGGUGAACACAAGGCGGAUCAAGCGGCUGGCUGGUUUCAAGGAGUCUGAUCUUGGCCACGAGGUGUACAGAGAGGAUGAGAGAAGAGCAGAGGGGAGCGGCAUGUAUCGCUAG